GUUGAAAACCCAAUCACCACUAGCCGCAUAAAAUGCCCAAAAUUAAACCCAAUCGCCACCAUAUUCAGAUCUCAACUGCCCACUCAGCCCACUCAAAUCUUCGUCGUCUUCCUCACAAGAAUUCUCAAGAACCCUAAAUUUCUUCAGAUUCUAUCACCCAAAAUUCAUAGAAAAUGAUGAUUGUUGGCGCAAAUGUCCAUUUCCAGAAGUUGGAAGCCAAGUGUUCUUCACCGGCGUUCUAUCAAUCCUAUCUAGAGAUGAUUGCUGCUCAGGAACUCACUGAAUUCCUUCACAUGGAGAUUCGCUCCAAGUAUGAAGACGAAGUUCUUGAAUUCUACAAGAAUGGUAAGGUCAAGACUAUCCAAUCAAAGAAGAAUCCACAGAGGACGAUUCAAGUUAUCAAGUCCACUGUUGGAGGGGCCAAAGUAAAAAUUUCACAAAAGAAAUUGGAGAAGAAGCUUCAUCUUCCCAAUUCAGGAAGUGAAAUUGGGAGGCUUCCGGCCAAGAAUCUGGACUGGAAGACUAUUGGGAUUUCUGGACAAAUCCCCUCUUCCCUAGCAAAGAAGGCCGAUUUGAAGAAUGAUUACAAAUUGGUUCUAGAGCUGGUCAUCGCAUGCCUUGAAUGUGGCAGUGGAGGAUAUGCUGAUGAUAUUACUCAGGAAAGGGCAUUCAUCAUCAACGCCCUCAUUACCAGAACCAAGGUAAAUUGGGCUAAACACUUCUUCAAUUCUGCUUCUAAACACUUAGGGAAGCCCAAACAGAAGUAUUUGUGUCAAGGACUAUACCUUGGGUACAUUCUGGAAUCCUUGGGAGUUGCCUCUAAAGGCAAGAAGUAUGUUUCCAGAUAUUCGCUCUACUAUCUUUCUUCCAAAGGAGAAAACAGAGUCAGUUCAACUGCAGAAGAAAGCUUUUCAGACAAUGUCCUUAUUAUGAAUCUGAAGAAAUCAUCAAAAAGAAAGCAUGUGGUGUCUCCCUCCCCCAGUGCUAAAGCACCACAGAAUCUUGCUUUGGUCAAUCUAGAUGAUGAAGAAGAAGUCCCUGCUCAUGAUGAACUUCAGAACAAGAAGAAAAGAAAAAUCUCCUCUUCCUCCACAUCUGGAUCUACAAAUCCGGAUGAGUUGGUGGAAAAGGAACCUGUUAAGGAACCCUCUGCACAAAACCAGAGUCCUCAACAGAUGGAUGAAGAAACCCACCAAGAUCAGAGAUUUCCAACUCCUUCAUCUCAAGCUCAAAAUGAUGAUGAAGUAAGCAAAUUCAUGCAGGUCUACUAUGACGGGAGAGCUUGGAAAGUUGGAAACUCUGCAGAACAGUUGUUGGAAUGGGAACAACAACUGAAGAAUGAGAAAAUGAUCAAGAGAUGUCUGGGACUGCCUAUCAACUACUGUUGUGAGCAAAUGCUGGAUGCUGAAUGGGUUUGGCAGAAAACAUAUUCAAAUUUGCAUCUGGAAUACUUGCCCACAUCACCAGUCUCAGAGAUUGAAGCUGAUGAUGAUGACACUGCAGUCUACAAACCAGAGAAUGCAGCUUCUCCCCAACAAGAACAGUUUCAAACAAGAUCAGAGGAAGAACUUCAGCAACUCCUCCAAUCUCAUGUUCAAGAGAUUCUCACAACUCCUUGUGAGAUCUCCAAUCAGACUGGACUUGAGAUUCCAGAGAAGUCAACAGAGGAUUUGGAGAAGUCCACUCCUCCAAAAACAAAUGAAGCUCAACAAGACCCAGCUGUUGAAAUUCAAAGAAGUUUUGCAGAAACUGAAGGAGAAGCUCAAAUAGCCACAAUGGAGGCCACUGAAACUCCAGUAGCUAUUUUUGAGCAGCACAUUGAAGAUGAAGACAGAGAUUCCCUCUCCAGGGACAUCUCAAACUUUGUGAAUGAUGAGACAGAAGAAGAGUCUGAAAAUACACUGAAGAUUGAUGAAGAAGAAGCUGAGCAAGGAGAUGCUGAAUCCCUCCCUCUGCAAAUCUUCCACAGAGUACCUUCUUCACAUCAGAAAAAAACUCUAGAGAUCAUUUCUCUAUUGAGUAAGUUUGUGAGCAAUACAAUGGAGGCUUAUGCAUCUGACUGCCAUUUUCAAUUCAAAGAAAUCAAUGCAAUCAAGCAACAGAUUGCAACUGUCACAGUCAAUCUCAAGAAGCAAAUGUUUUUUCUCCAGAUGGAUAUCAGAUUAGCGUUGGCAGUAUCUUCAGCAAACCAGGUGGUAACUCAAGACUACCUAAAGGUUCUUGCUGAAAAUCAGAAAGAAGCAUUCAAGCUCUUCAGGCACUUUGGCACCUACACUGGGAAACACAAGCUGGACCAGAGCAAUCAGGAGAACUCGAUACAGCAUUUGUCAAACACUGCUCUUGAUGGAACAGAAGUUGUAGGAACCAUUGCCUCCCACUUCACAUAUGAUGCCCAGACAAAGGAGAGAUAUAACAAUCUCAGGCGCAUCAAAGAAGAGUGUGGAAUUAUGCAAGGCAUUGGUGAGACUGCCGGAUCAUCUAAGCGCAAGAAGCAGUGAAGGCUCUUUUCAUCAAACCAGGGGGAAGUAUUGAAAAACAUUAUUUUGUUUUGAUGAAAAUACCUUCUUGUUUAAACAUGAGUUUUUGGUUUAAACAUUGCUUCAUACAUCCCUUAAUUAUGCUUGAUCAUAUUUAUUUUAAGUAUAAUUUUUGAGAUUCAUUAUUGAGCGCAUACAUUCAGAGGGAAUGUAAUUCAGGGGGAACUUAACUGUUUUUGGCUAACAAUUGUUUUUAGUAAUGAACUAUUGAUGAACUC